AUGGUCCCCCUGAGAGUAUAUCGCGAAAAACCAUUUGUUAACUUUGUUAAAACGUUUUAUAUAAAUCCUUUUAUAGGAGACUUGAAAGAAACUGGUUCUCUAGUGUACGGACCUGGGUCUAAAAAUGACAGUUCAGUUGCCAGAGCUUUGGUCAAACCAACCCCUGAACAGGCAACUCAAAUCCAGAAAGCUAAGAAAUAUGCUAUGGAGGUGAGCAUUAAGAUGGUGUUAAUGAAGCAAACUAAGCACCUUGGAUUAUUAUUAUUAACGUCUUAUAUUUGUAGAAUCUAUGUUGGGUGUAUUAACUACGACACGAGGGAGGAAUCUAUAAAACAAGCAUUCAAUGCUUUUGGUCCAAUUCGAUCCAUCACAAUGUCCUGGGACCCAACAACGCAGAAGCACAAAGGGUUUGCGUUUGUUGAGUUCGAAACUCCUGAGGGGGCUCAGUUAGCCGAGGAACAGAUGAACGGUGUUCUGGUCUGCGGUAGGAAUAUCAAGGUAAGGAACAGUGUUCUUUUCUGUGCCGAUGUGUGUACAGGGUAUGGAUAUGUAGAAUAUGAAACUCUACAGUGUGCCCUGGACGCAAUCAGUUCAAUGAACCUGUUUGAUCUAGGCGGACAGUAUCUACGAGUAGGGCGGGCUGUAACGCCCCCUGACGCUAAGAAUCUUGGGCCGGUUAGCACGGCGCCGCCAUCGGCAUUGCCUAAUGCUACGGCCAUGGCCGCAGCUGCUGUAUCUGCAAAGCUGACUGCCCUGGAUGCUGUGGCGAAGAAUAAAAAAAUUGUUCUCAAUUUUGUACAACCUACAUUUUUUCAGAAAAAGAAAAGACGGUCUAGGUCAAGAUCUAGAUCUAGGGAGGAGAGGGAAAGAGAGAAGAGAAGGAGAGAGGAGAGAGAAAAGGAGAAGAUUAAGAAGGAGAUUAAGAAGGAGAAAGAAAGCUCCAAGCCAAUCCCUGUCCCUCCCCUUAUAACCAAAGAUGAAGCUCUUGAGACACCGGAUGCUCUGAAAAAUGCUGCUGCUGCUGCUCAGCAGCUUGAACUUCUGAAAAAGCUUGAUGAAGGACAGGAGCCUGUAACUCUGGCUCAGCACGAAGACAUGUCGAUCAAGGGAGUGAGUGCCCGCCAGCUUGUCAUGCAGAAACUUAUGAAAAACAGAAGCGAGUCUGUUGUACUGCUUAUAAGGAAUAUGGUUGGUGCAGAUGAGGUGGAUGAGGAGCUCCAGGGUGAUAUUGAAGAGGAAUGCAACAAAUAUGGAAAGGUCGAGCACGUGAUCAUCUACAAGGAGCAGCAGGACGAGGAUCAGAACUCAGAGAUCGUUGUCAAAAUAUUCGUCGAAUUCCAAAACUUUGAUCAGGUGAAAACGGCUCGGGAUGCAUUACAUGGACGCUUUUUCAGUGGUCGAAAAAUCACAGCGAUUGUUUACGAUCAAGAACUCUACGAUCAACAAGAUCUUUCAGGAUAAAUCAGCAUGGGACCAGGGACAAGGCGAAUAUCAGAAAAUCGUCCAAAAGUAUCAUAACUAUUAAUUAUUUUGUAUUUCCGCGCCAUUAUUUUGAAUUUAAUCUAGAUCUAUUUGAUUUUGUAAAUUAUAAUUUCAUGAUCGGACCAUUUAAGAUCUUAAGACAAUUUAACAAUUUUUGUUUCAAUAGCUUUCCGUUUUUUGUUGUUUUUGGUCCUAAUCAAAUAAAAUACAAUUCCUAAAAUGUCGGAAUAAAUUCACAUUCAGCGAAUGGUUCACUCACAAACAUGUUUUGCAAUCUUUUAUUUCAGA